AUGGAGCUCACGAUACUCUUGCGCAUGAAAAGAAGCCUCCAGCCACAGGCAGAGCUUAAUAGAAAUCAAGGGACAUUAAAUAGCUCGUUUAAAUAA